GCAGACCCGUAUACCCAGUCGCACAGCAGCGACAGUAAGUCAGUCCACAUAGCAAUGGGCAUCGAGAAAUACAAGGGACGCGUAGCCCUGGUUACUGGCGCCAGCGCAGGCAUCGGUGCUGCCAUAGUGCAGGUGCUGCUGAAGCAUGGACUCACCGUCGUGGGAAUGGCCAGGAGGGCCGAAAAAGUUAAGGAGCUGGCACUCAAGGAUGCCCCAGGAAAGCUGCACGCCAUUGCCGGGGAUGUGAGCGACGAAGCCAGCAUCCUGGCUGCCUUCAAGUGGGUCAAGGACAACCUGGGCGGCGUCGACAUCCUCGUCAACAACGCUGGUGUAUUCCCCUUUACUAGCCUUACAGAGGGCAAGACGGAAACCUGGAAGCGCAUCCUGGACCUGAACGUGCUGGGUCUGAGCAUUUGCACCAGGGAGGCAGUGCAGGACAUGCUGAGGAGGGGCGUCGACGACGGCUUCAUCAUCCACAUCAACAGUACUGCCGGACACACACCACCGAAUAUAGAUGGUAUGGCGAUGUACUUCGCCAGCAAGCACACCGUCAAAGUAUUGCUCGAAGGGCUGAGGAAAGACCUGGUCGCCAAGGGCAGCAAGAUACGAGUUGGGGAAAUUUCUCCAGGGCCAGUACGAUCUCAGGGACUACCAAACAUGGCAGCUGCUCCUCCAGAGUUACGUGAAUUUUUCGCCAAACUGAACAAUACACCUUUCCUGGAAACGGAAGACAUAGCAGAAGCCGUUGUCUACAUGCUGUCGCAGCACCCUCGCGUUCAGGUGCACGAUAUAAUUGUGAUGCCAACUGGCCAACCGUUCUAAGGUAAAGUGAGAUCCUGUAUCCCUCUGCCAACGAUUGUCUCACGUUCAGUAUUUCUAUUACAGACUUAUUGAUGAGGGAUCGGUAAUGCUGUGGUACAGCUGUGUAAUAGGAAAUAUUUUAUGGAAUAAACAGUUUCUUAUUAAAUUGUG